AUGUGGGGCCAACCAAAAACUGGUGGGUCACCUGCUGCAGGACUUUUUUGUCCCUGCUUGUUGGGCAAAAGAGGGGAGAAGCAAAAGAAGCAUUUUUAUUUUUUGCUUCUUCUUCUCCGUCGCUCUCUCCCCACUUCUCCCCCUCUCCUCCCUCCUCCGACGAUCGCCGGAGCCUCGCCGGAGAAUGGAGGAGGCGGCGCGGGCGGCGGAGGCGAUGCUCCGGCGGGCGCUCUCCGAGGCGUCCGCGUCCAGGCCCCGCUGGUUGAUUCAGUUUCCUGCUACUGCAGAGUAGACACUGGCCUGAAAACUGUUGUAGGCGCUAGAAAGUUCGUACCUGGUGCAAAACUCUGCCUACAGCCGGAUAUCAAACCCAACGGGCCCCGGCCUAGGAACUCACGCCGCGACAGGUACAAAACCCAAGCACCUUUCUUGCCCGGCCUCCCCGACGAUCUCGCCAUUGCUUGCUUGAUCCGCGUACCGCGAAUCGAGCACCACAACCUUCGGUUAGUCUGUAAAAGAUGGAAUCGCCUUUUGUCUGGGAAUUACUUUUAUUCCUUAAGAAGAAAGCUAGGAAUGGCGGAGGAAUGGGUUUAUGUUUUUAAGAGAGAUCGAGAUGGAAAAAUAUCGUGGCAUGCCUUUGAUCCCACAUAUCAGUUAUGGAAAUCUCUCCCGCCUGUCCCUCCGGAGUACGCAGAAGCCCUUGGGUUUGGUUGUGCCGUUCUGAGUGGCUGCUAUCUCUACUUGUUUGGAGGUAAAGACCCAUUACGAGGUUCGAUGAGGCGAGUAGUCUUUUACAAUGCGCGGACCAACAAAUGGCAUCGAGCACCAGAUAUGCUGAGAAAACGCCAUUUCUUUGGUUCUUGUGUAAUUAACAAUUGCCUCUAUGUUGCUGGUGGGGAGUGUGAAGGGAUUCAGAGAACUCUCCGAUCGGCUGAGUUUUACGAUCCGAACAGAAACAGAUGGACCUUUGUUGGCGAAAUGAACAAUGGAAUGGUUCCAUUUAUUGGGGUUGUCUAUGAUAAUAAAUGGUUUUUAAAGGGGCUUGAUUCUCAUCGCCAGGUAGUUAGUGAAUUCUAUGCGCCGAGUUCCAACUCUUGGUAUACGGCUUCCAACGGAAUGGUCACCGGAUGGCGAAACCCCAGUGUUUCGUUCAACGGGAGGCUUUAUGCUGCUGAUUGUAGGGACGGAUGCAAAAUUAGGGUUUACGAUCGGUCUACCGAUUCCUGGGCCAGGUUCACAGAUAGCAAGCAUCAUUUAGGCAAUUCACGUGCCUUUGAGGCUGCAGCCUUGGUUUCUAUAAAUGGUAAGCUUGGGAUUGUUCGGAACAAUAUGAGUAUUAGUUUAGUCGAUGUAUUGAAUCCAGGAUUGAGUAUAGAAACAAAUAGCGCGCGUGCGUGGGAAACAAUUGCAGUGAAAGGACAGAUUAAGUCCUUCGUCGCGAAUCUGUGGUCGAGCAUUGCGGGGCGGAGCGGGCUGAAGAGCCACAUUGUUCAUUGUCAGGUGCUUCAGGCCCAUCUCAAUUUGCGGGAAUAUGCAGCUGAGAAAUCUUAGUUUCGGAGGUCGAGGUCGAGGACAUCGAUCCUUCUCCUGAUUAGUAUUGGAAAUCAAUGUUUUUGUUCCUUCUAAGAUUCUUGAGUAAAACACAUGGAAAGGUUACCAGGACCACCAACCUCAGAGGUGAAAAUGCUUCACCACUAGCUCAUUCAGAGACACUGAAGAAAGGAAAAAAGAAAGGAAGGGCGAAAGGACGAGCAUGUUUCGCAUCUAAUGCUUGUUUAUGCACGCUGGAGCACUCAAAGCGCGGAGACGUAUUCGUCGCUAAAAUUUGAGAUAGAUCUUGAUCAUGAUCUUGUUUGUCAUAUCAUUGGGUAUACUUCCUGUAUGCCCUAUUUGGUUCCCCUUUUGUUGGUAGAAGAUACUGGGGUACAUUUUCUGAAACUCUUGUUCUUUGUAGACCCUGUUUAUGAAGUAAAUUAGGAUUUUGGUUCUCUCAAAUUCGCUGUAUAUUGCUUUGAAUGAGAAGAAUUGUACUUAUGAUUCGAUAACUAGCAUCACUAAAUCAGAUGCCUUUUGUAAUAUAGCUGAAGUUAAUUUUCGAUUCUGGGGUGAUUUCCUGA